ACACGGACACCGCCGGCCCCUCUACUCCUCUCUCCCGCCGCCGCGCCGCCCCGUCGAGCCCCAACGCCGCCUCCUCCCUGCCCGCUCAACCCCUGGCAGGCCCUCUCCCUCCCAUACGGCCGGCCCUCUCGUCACUCCCUCCCCUUCCCUCCCCUCCGCGAGUCUGUGACUCUGUGUCCGGUCAGGCCUCCCCCUGCCGCCAAGGCCAGGGGCCAGUCCGCCUCUGCCCUCCGGCCUCCGCGGCUCCCCUGCUCGGCUCGCCCUGCAGGGCUGCAGGCGCCCUCCACGGCACGUCUCCACCUCCGGCAGUCCAGCCUCCGUGGCUCUGUCGAAGAUUCCUGCUCUGUUUUAUUGUAAGCGACUUGAUGGAGGCAAUGGCCGCGAAACUAGUAUUCCCCCAGGACAACCCACCACUUUCCAUCAUUUCUGCUGCUAAGAUUGCAGGUGUUCCCAUAACCACUGAUCCCUGCCUCCCAUCAGGUUCAGUGCCCACACUACACUUUGGUUCUGGGGACUUUAUACAUGGCGUCAACACAGUUCUUCGUUAUAUUGCCCGUACUACAUCUGUUUCCAGCUUCUAUGGCGAGGACGCUAUUCAGGCAGCACGUGUUGAUGAAUGGCUCGAGUACGCACCACUCAUUCUUUCAGGCUCUGAAUUCGAUGCUGCUUGCUCAUUUCUUGAUGGAUACUUGGCAUCUCGAACAUUUUUGGUUGGUCAUGGUCUGACAGUUGCUGAUAUUGUAGUGUGGGCAAACCUCAGAGGAGCUGGUCAACGAUGGGAAAGUUUAAGGAGGUCAAGUAAGUACCAAAACCUUGUCCGUUGGUUCAACAACGUGGCUGUAGACUAUGCACUAGAAGAAGUUACAUCUGCUUAUGUUGGAAAGCAAGCAAUUGGCAAAUCUCCCGCACCAUGCCUGAACCAAAAGAUGCAUGGCUUGGAAAAUAUCUCAGUUCAUGAGAUAGAUCUCCCAGGUGCAAAAGUUGGGGAGGUUUGCGUACGUUUUGCCCCAGAGCCUAGCGGGUAUCUCCACAUUGGGCAUGCUAAGGCUGCACUGUUGAACCAGUAUUUUGCAGAUAGAUAUAAAGGACGUCUUUUAGUUCGAUUUGAUGACACAAAUCCUUCAAAAGAAAGCAGUGAAUUUGUUGAGAACGUCCUGAAGGAUAUUGAGACGCUUGGGGUUCAAUACGAUGCAGUUACAUACACAUCGGUUUAUUUCCCAAAGCUAAUGGAGAUGGCUGAAUGUUUGAUUAAGCAGGGAAAGGCAUAUGUUGAUGAUACACCCAAGGAUAACAUGAAUACUGAAAGGAGGGACGGUGUGGAAUCUAAAUGUAGAAACAGCACUGUUGAGGAGAACUUGUUGUUGUGGAGUGAGAUGGUUAAUGGUACCAAGAGGGGUACUCAGUGCUGUGUGCGUGGUAAACUUGACAUGCAGGACCCCAACAAAUCACUUCGAGAUCCUGUUUACUACCGUUGCAACCCUGAUCCCCAUCAUCGUGUUGGCUCAAAAUACAAGGUCUAUCCAACAUAUGACUUUGCAUGCCCAUUUGUUGACGCAUUGCAAGGAGUGACUCAUGCUCUUCGUUCAAGUGAGUAUCAUGAUCGGAACGCACAGUACUACCGUAUCCUUCAGGACAUGGGGCUGCGGAGGGUUGAACUCUAUGAGUUCAGCAGACUGAAUAUGGUUUAUACCGUUCUUAGCAAGCGCACGCUUCGCUGGUUUGUACAAAACAAGAAGGUGGAGGACUGGACUGACGCACGCUUUCCCACUGUACAAGGCAUAUUACGUCGUGGCUUGAAGAUUGAAGCCUUGAUCCAGUUUAUACUCGAGCAGGGUGCUUCAAAGAAUCUGAAUCUCAUGGAAUGGGAUAAACUCUGGACAAUCAACAAGAAGAUAAUUGAUCCAGUCUGUGGAAGGCAUACUGCUGUGCUGAAGGACAAAAGUGUGCCCUUGAUACUCACUAAUGGCCCAGAGGUACCAUUCAUUAGAAUUUUACCUAGGCACAAGAAAUGCAAGGGUGCUGGAAAUAAGGCUAUAACGUUCGCAAACAGAAUUUGGCUAGAGUAUGCUGAUGCAUCAGCCAUUAGCGUGGGUGAGGAGGUCACUUUGAUGGACUGGGGAAGUGUUAUCAUUAAAGAAAUCAAGACAGAUGAUGGAACAAUUACUCAACUAGUUGGUGAGCUCCAUCCUGACGGGUCAGUGAAGAUGACAAAGCUGAAGCUAACAUGGCUAUCAGAUACUGAAGACCUUGUGUCUCUCUCUUUGGUGGAUUUUGACUACCUAAUCAUCAAUAAAAAGCUUCAACUGGGAGAAGAUGAUAAACCCGGAGGUGAGAAGUUUCUUGAAAAUCUUAACCCAUGCACCCGACGAGAAGCUUUAGCUCUUGGAGACCCAAACAUGCGGAACAUCAAGCGAGGAGAAGUUAUACAGCUCGAAAGGAAAGGCUAUUACAGGUGUGAUGUUCCAUUUGUCGGGUCAUCGAAACCAAUCAUGCUUUUUGCCAUUCCCGAUGGCCGACUGAAGUCCACGUCGAUUGUCUCUGGAGCCUAGCUUCAACACGUUAUGUUGGGUUAAUACUUGUACUUUUUUGGACAAAAAUCUUGCAACCAUAUUGGUAUCCUCAGACUGAAACAUGGAACUUCAGAUUUUGGUUCUUCAGUGUCGCUAGGUAGUUCCUUUUGCAUGUUUGAGGACCUUGCGCAACAAAUAUCAAGAUGAUAAUUGAUUGAUCUUCUGCA